AUGUCUAAUGAAACCAAAGAUCUUAACAACUAUCACUAUACUUCAUCGUAUAAUCAUUACAACAACAUUAACAGCCAAAAUAUGAGUCUCCCUUACGUUUCUGGUCCAUGCACUUAUAAUGCAAACAUGAUCUCAUCACAAAUAGGUUCUGAUCUACACUCGAGUUCUCAAGGAGCGUUCGGAUUUUGUUUCGAGCCCUCGCCAUCUUCCAGCGAGUUUUUUAAUCCUUCGAUCGAUCAAGAAAAUGGUUUUUAUAAUGCUUAUAAUUAUAAUACUAGUCUCAAGAGUCAUGAAGUUGUCGGUGGUGGUGGUGCAAUCGCUGAGAAUGAAACUAGGGUUUCUGCAUCUCCUUCUUCCGAUGAGGCUGAUCAUCAUCACGGCGAAAAUUCUGGCAAGAGCCUAUUGAAAAGAGAAGCUGACGAUGGAGGAGAUAAACAACGUUCUCAGAAAAAAACAAAGAAGAAUCAAGAGAAGAAGAUAAGAGAGCCACGAGUCUCGUUUAUGACUAAGACCGAAGUUGAUCAUCUCGAAGACGGCUAUCGUUGGAGGAAGUACGGCCAAAAGGCAGUCAAAAACAGUCCCUAUCCGAGGAGUUACUAUAGAUGUACAACGCAGAAGUGCAAAGUGAAGAAGAGAGUUGAGAGAUCUUACCAAGAUCCAACAGUCGUGAUCACAACCUACGAGAGUCAACACGACCACCCGAUCCCGACCACUCGCCGCACGGCAAUGUUUUCUGGACCCGCCGCAUCUGAUUAUAAAUCAUCGUCUCUAUCUCCAGGCUCCAAUUUCAUCAACACUCCAAGAAGCUUCUCACAUGAUGAUCUCUUUCGUGUGCCAUACUCGAGCAUGAAUGUAAACCCUAAUUAUCAGCAGCAACAAAACCAUGAGUUUCAGCAUGGUAGCGACUAUGAGCUUUUGAAGGAGAUGUUUCCUUCGGUUUUCUUCAAACAAGAACCUUGA